AUGGCGCGCAUUUUUGUCUGUGUUAUUUUGGCGGUUCUUAUAUGUGAGACAGUAGCCUUGCCGAUAAAAAGCGAAAACGAGGAAAUUAACAGGCGUGAAAAACGGCAAAUGUGGGGCCAGAAUAAUGCAUGGGGUCGAAAUUGGGACUACAAAUUCGGGUUGAACAGGGAUAUGCAGCGAGCGUUCCAGGCGGGACCUAUGGGUGCCUAUUUCCGGAACGGUAUAGGCAUCGACGGUGAGGUGAAGCUGAACAUGAGGGGGAUCAACCAGCAAAUGUUCUCGUUUGGC